AUGCGCGCCGUCUACGCCAUUCUCGCUGGCUUGCUUGCCACCGGCAGUGCCUCUCCCCUUGAGGCACGCCAGUCUGGCAACCCCUUUGUUGGCCGCAGCCUGUUCGUCAACCCCAAGUACAGCGAGUCGCUCGAGAGGACUCGCCAGGCCUUCCUGUCCCGCGGAGACCAGACCAACGCGGCCAAGGUGCAGUACGUCCAGAACAAGGUCGGCACCUUUGUCUGGAUCUCCAACAUCUUCCUCCUUCGCGACAUCGAUGACGCCAUCCGCAAUGCCCGCGCUGCUCAGUCUAGGGGCGAGAAGCCCAUCGUCGGUCUUGUGCUGUACAACCUCCCCGACCGCGACUGCAGCGCCGGUCAUUCUUCAGGAGAGCUGAGUCUGGACCAAAACGGUCUGAACCGUUACCGCACCGAGUAUGUCCAGCCUUUUGCUCAGAAGCUCAAGGCCGCAUCGGAUCUUCAGUUUGCUGUUAUUCUUGAGCCUGAUGCCAUCGGCAACAUGGUGACCGGCACCACUGCCUUCUGCCGCAACGCCCGCGGGCCCCAGCAGGACGGCAUUGCCUAUGCUAUUCAGCAGCUCCAGGCCAGCAACAUCCACCUCUACCUUGACGUCGCCAACGGCGGCUGGCUCGGCUGGGCGGACAAUCUCAAGCCUACCGCCGCCGAAGUAGCCACCAUCCUCCAAAAGGCCGGCAGCAACGCCCGCAUCCGCGGCUACUCCAGCAACGUCUCCAACUACAACCCCUACUCCACCAACAACCCACCCCCAUACACGGCCGGCAGCCCCUCGGCCGACGAGUCCCGCUACGCCACCUCCCUCGGCAACGCCCUCCGCGAGCGCGGCCUCCCCACCAACUUCAUCAUCGACCAAGGCCGCGUCGCCCUCGACGGCGCCCGCAAGGAAUGGGGCGAGUGGUGCAACGUCUCCCCCGCCGGCUUCGGUCAACCUUUCACGACCAACACCAACAACCCCAACGUCGACGCCAUCCUCUGGGUCAAGCCCGGUGGCGAGUCGGACGGGACGUGUGGCAUGUCGGGGGCUCCGCAGGCGGGCGCGUGGUUUGAUGCCUAUGCGCAGAUGUUGACCACGAAUGCGCACCCCGAGAUUCGUGCUGAUGGUGGUAGUGGUGGUAGUCCUGCUCCUGGACCUAGCUCGACGGCCGUGGCGCCUUCGCCAAGUGCUACUCCGGGUGGAAACUGUGCUGCUAGGUGGGCUCAAUGUGGCGGGCAGGGAUGGACAGGGCCGACGUGCUGUGCCCAGGGGACGUGCCAGGCUAGUAACCAGUGGUAUUCGCAGUGCUUGUAGAUUGUAUAUGGUGGGUGGCAAGAAGGGGGUGUGGAGAAAGAUGUAAAUAGCAUGUGUGGUUGACUUUGUACAUAAGCAUGGUCUAUGAGAUGGCAUAUGGGUCAUGAACCCGAAUCUCAGGGCAAAAUUCAUAUGUGUGACUUUAUCAUUAAGUCUUCAGACCAAAGGAGCUUGUUCGAGUUAAGCUUUACGAGCGAACUUGACAAUGGAAGCCGCC